AGCAACCAAGCUUGCAGCAUUGGAGUCGUUAUAGACGACUGUACACGACAGUAAAAGCUUCUUGUUGUUUUUUGCUCUUGUUUUAAGUAAACUUGGCUAGGAACAUGAAGUAGUCACGCUGCGUCUUUGUUGUCAGCGUACGAGCUUUAUGUGGGUCGCGCAUUAGAGAAUAGCUCGAUAAACUGGAGCUGGUAAAAAAGGCUGUGGAUCUUCUCCCAGAGUCACUCCCCCACUUUGCUUUGAAGAUGGAGGAGGACCAUGUUCACUGCACAAACUGUUUUACCCAGAGAUGCAUGGUCAAACCUGAACCAGGAGUUUCUUGUGAUCUUAUAACGUGUCCUUUGGUUUGUGGGGCUGUAUUUCACUCCUGCAAAGUGGAUGAGCAUCAACUUAUGUGCCCAUUGAUGAGGGUUCCUUGCCUAAACAGUGGAUAUGGCUGUCCUGCCACCCUGGUGAGCAACCACAUGUAUGCUCACCUGGAAGUGUGUCCAGCUGGAGUUGUGUGCUGCACUAUGGAGUGGAACAGAUGGCCUGUUAGCUGCCUGGACUACACUUCCUAUGAAAGCCUAAGCCGUGGGGUGGAGGAGGUGGAGCAGCUGGACAUGGCACUUGCCCUUCAGGACCAGCGUACGCUACUGGAAUCCCUCAAGGUGAUUGCCAUGGCACCUACCACUCAAGGAGAGCCACUUGUCAGUGUUAGUAAAGAGAGCAGAGCAACACACUCCACUUUGCAAAUAUGUGCUCCUAAGGCCUCCUCAUUUAUUCAGUCACCUUCCCAGCUGCCAGCCACUCAUCAAGCACAACCACCCCCACCAGGCUCAGCAAAGGAGAAAAUUUUCAAUGGAAUUAAUGGCUUGAAUGAGGAGCACUUUGGUAAAUUGUAUGAGGCCACAGUUGAGACUGCAAGAAGCUUAGCUGCUGCUUUAGACUUUGUUAGCAGUGCCAGCUCUGGUGAAAGCAGUACACAGUGUGUGAACAAAGACGCUGCUAUACAGAAAAGUAGAUUGAGCAACAAUGGAGACUUUCAGAAUGGACUGGAAGACGAAACACUUGUAGCUUCAGAUGGUUUGCAUAAAAGCAACAUUAAGGAGGAAAGGGUUUGUUCGAGCUGUUUGAGUGAAAAUGGGUCUCUAAAAGAAACAGAUGUAAUGAUUGUAAAUACAACCAAUGGACCAUUUUUAGGGGCAACUGAGGCCUGUGUAGAGGCGGCCUGUCCUAUUGAAGUGCAAGAUAACUUGAAUGCUGGUGGUUCUCAAGAAUCGGUGACCCAUCAGAUGACCUCUCCACUUCAUGUCAGACAGGCUGUGGCACAGAGGGCUGGUCAUGUUGUCCUGAAAGAUAGAGGGCUUUUUCUUUCAGAAAACCAUGGAGCUGAGAGGAAGUUUCACAACUACCAGACCUUUAGGGGCCCAUUUUCUAAUGGACAAGUGGGUAUUACGCCAGACAGGUCAUUGUGUAGGUUGCAACCCAUAAUGGAGGACAAGGCAGUGGAUACCUCAGAUCUGGAGCAGGAUGAUGACCCCAUGGGUUUAGGAGAGAUAGAUCUGAUUACAGCAGCCCUGCUCUUCUGUUUAGAGGAGUCUAGAGAGUGCAGAAGGAUCUCUGAUACAGUCUAUAUUGAUGGUUACCAUGUUAACUUUGGCACGCAGACUUUCACCUUUCCUGCUGCAAUCUUAGUAACUAACACUAGAGUGGGUGACAUGGCCUCUGCUUCUGCCUGUGACCAUGCUGCCCCACAGCUCUCCUACCCCAGCCCUUUCCGUACCCUCCGCCUAGGUCUAGUUCUGGAAGCUCUGGAGGUCGAGGCAGUCCCCCAUAACCGUUACCUCCCUCCUAACCCCCGCUACCAGCAUAUGUUCCCCUUUGUCUGUGGUCAGUCAUUUCGGCGGGACCAGUUUUCUUCCCAUUUCACAAAUGUCCAUGGUGACAUUCAUGCCGGUCUCAAUGGUUGGAUGGAGCAACGCUGCCCCCUAGCAUAUUAUGGCUGCACAUUUUCCCAGAGGAGGUUUUAUCCAUCUGUCCAGGGAGCAAAGGUGAUUCAUGAUAGACACCUCAAGUCCUUCGGAGUCCAACCUUGCCCAAAAGCCAAACUUCCAGGUGACUCCCAGUCUGACCAAUUUAGCGGGCUCCCUAUUGAGAUACUGUGGCACAUAGCUGGAUUCCUGGAUAGUUUCAGCUUGUGCCAGUUGUCAUUGGUAUCACGGACUAUGAGGGAGGUAUGUGCCAGUCUCCUUCAGACCAGGGGCAUAGUGGAGCUGCAAUGGGAGCGAAGACAAAGUCCUGGUGCUCAUGGCACUGUGUCAUGGCAGACCAAAAAUAAAGUGUGGAGAUUCAGCACUGCCUUCAGCCCGGUGUUGUCAUGGGGUUUCACUGAUAUCCCCAGCAUGUCGAACCAUCUUAAGAAGUGCCACUUCAACACAGUGGAGCACAAGACCGAGCCCGUACCCCUUCCUGCCAUGUGCACAGCACGAGAUGGGCACUCACUCCGUCGCGUCCUACGCCAUGUUAACAUUUGACUAAACACGGCUGACCUGUCAAAGCUGCAUGAGAUUCACUGUCAUAUUAUGUGAAUGUUGCAACUAAAAAAAUUUAUUUCUUCCUGUAUUACACUAGAUUAUGAAGAAGCCUUAAAGAAAACCCACUUCACUUGCCAGGUCUGUUGCUGUGUGUGUGGUCUCUAUGCAGAGAGAAAUAAAACAAGCAUUUCACUUUGCAUGGAUAAGAUCGAAAAUGUGCACUUAUUCUGUUAAGAUUAACUAUAUUUUCUUGAGUACAGAUACACACAGUGGAUUUAUAUUCUAUGUGAUAUGGUAUCUAUAUGAACAAGAAUUUAAAUGUUUUCACACUCUUGCCUUUCAGUAGUAGCCAUGGGGAAAAUGCAGAUUGUUGGUUAAAUUGCAUCAUUUCUGUGUGUCAGAAGGUAUGCCAGCACUUUACGUAAUAUUUGCUAUUCCCUCCUCAGUGACCCUAAAUGAUGUAUCACUGAUCUUUUCAGAAGGAGUCAACCCAGUGCAAAUUUGUUGUCUGGGUGUGUAGUAUGUCAGGAUGUGAGUAUAAGCAGAUGGAUAACAUAACAAUGCAUGUGCUUUAAU